AGGGGCAGAUAGAUAUACUCUGGGAAGAUGCACACACUGCUUCUCGCCCUCCUCUCUUGCUCAGAUGCACACAGUCUCUCACACACUCUUACACACACACUCUCUCCCACCCUCGCUCACUCUCUAAGCCAGGGCAUUACACCACUGCUCUCUGGUCCAGCCAAAGUUGUAGUAUUCCUGGGAUGAAUAAUCCACUCCGCGAGGAUAAAUCACCCUAAACCAUCCUGAGGCGGCUUUGGGGAGACUAGGGAGAGGAAGCCAGCCCUUGUGGAGUGGCCAGGGCUUGGCCAGCUGGGAGGACAGCCUGGCGCUGGUGAUUGGUGUGUCACAGCCGGGCUGUGAGCUGCUUCCAGGGCUUUUGUCUGGCGCUGGGAGUGAGGCUCAGCAGCGUGAGGGACAAUCAGAGCUGCUCGGGGCAGGCUGCCGCCUUGUGUCCUGCUUUCCCUGUGGCCAGACCAAGCUGCCGGAGCUGCUGGUCAGGUUUUCUCGCUGACCUCACCUGAGCACAGCAGCCUGGAUUGACUCUCCAGGGAAAUGUUUUCUCCCUGCAAGCAGUAGCAGCAGUCCUGGCUCUCCUGGACUGAGAACCCCUCCUCAGCCCCCGGAAGCCCCGAGCUGCUUUCAGGGAUCUGGAACCUGCAUGCCUGUGGCCCCAGGUCUGCUCCCAGACGUGGGCUGAAGUCCUGACCUCUGUUGUUGGGGGCGAGGAGUGGGAAAGCCCAGCUUCUUCCCCAGCUCUGGCAGACAGCAGGCUGAUGGUGCUGGCUUCCCCGGGACUGCUUCUCUUGCCUGCUGUCUGAUUUCCCUGCAUGGUGCCCGCAGCUGAGCUGCUACUGUGAGUGGUUUCAGCUGGUGCCUGGCCUGCAUCUCUUGGCUGCUGUGGCUUCACUCCAUCUCCUGUUGCCCACUACCUCGUGCUUGGGCUGCCUGACACCCCAGCCUGACAACUAAGGUGUGGAUGAAGACUAGGGGGCUGGCUUCUCUCACUGGUCAGGGCUCCCAGGACGUCUCCAGUGAGCCCAGCAGUGAGCAGCAGCUGUGCGCCCUGAGCGAGCAUCCCACCGUGGCCUUUGAAGAUCUGCAGCCAUGGGUCUCUAAUUUCACCUACGCUGGAGCCUGGGAUUUCUCCCAGAUCGCCCUGGACCCCUCCAGGAACCAGCUCAUCGUGGGAGCCAGGAACUACCUCUUCAGACUCAGCCUUGCCAAUGUCUCUCUUCUUCAGGCCACAGAGUGGGCCUCCAGCGAGGACACGCGACGCUCCUGCCAAAGCAAAGGGAAGACUGAGGAGGAGUGUCAGAACUACGUGCGAGUCCUGAUAGUCGCCGGCCGGAAGGUGUUCAUGUGUGGGACCAAUGCCUUUUCCCCCGUGUGCACCAGCAGACAGGUGGGGAACCUCAGCCGGAUGAUUGAGAAGAUCAAUGGUGUGGCCCGCUGCCCGUACGACCCACGCCACAACUCCACAGCUGUCAUCUCCUCCCAGGGGGAGCUCUACGCGGCCACGGUCAUAGACUUCUCAGGUCGGGACCCUGCCAUCUACCGCAGCCUGGGCAGCGGGCCACCACUUCGCACUGCCCAGUAUAACUCCAAGUGGCUCAAUGAGCCAAACUUCGUGGCAGCCUAUGAUAUUGGGCUGUUUGCAUACUUCUUCCUGCGGGAGAACGCAGUGGAGCAUGACUGUGGACGCACCGUGUACUCUCGUGUGGCCCGCGUGUGCAAGAAUGAUGUGGGAGGCCGAUUCCUGCUGGAGGACACAUGGACCACAUUCAUGAAGGCCCGGCUCAACUGCUCCCGUCCAGGCGAGGUCCCCUUCUACUAUAAUGAGCUGCAGAGUGCCUUCCACUUGCCGGAGCAGGACCUCAUCUACGGAGUUUUCACCACCAACGUAAACAGCAUCGCGGCAUCUGCUGUCUGCGCCUUCAAUCUCAGUGCCAUCUCCCAGGCUUUCAAUGGCCCGUUUCGCUACCAGGAGAAUCCCAGGGCUGCCUGGCUUCCCAUCGCCAACCCCAUCCCCAAUUUCCAGUGUGGCACCCUGCCUGAGACCGGUCCCAACGAGAACCUGACGGAGCGCAGCCUGCAGGACGCGCAGCGCCUCUUCCUGAUGAGCGAGGCCGUGCAGCCGGUGACACCCGAGCCCUGUGUCACCCAGGACAGCGUACGCUUCUCACACCUCGUGGUGGACCUAGUGCAGGCCAAGGACACGCUCUACCACGUGCUCUACAUUGGCACCGAGUCGGGCACCAUCCUGAAGGCGCUGUCCACGGCAAGCCGCAAUCUCCGCGGCUGCUACCUGGAAGAGCUGCACGUGCUACCCCCCGGACGCCGCGAGCCCCUGCGCAGCUUGCGCAUCCUGCACAGCGCCCGCGCGCUCUUCGUGGGGCUGAGCGACGGCGUCCUGCGAGUCCCACUGGAGAGGUGCGCCGCCUACCGCAGCCAGGGGGCAUGCCUGGGGGCCCGGGACCCGUACUGUGGCUGGGACGGGAAGCAGCAACGUUGCAGCACGCUCGAGGACAGCUCCAACAUGAGCCUCUGGAUCCAGAACAUCACCACCUGCCCUGUGCGAAACGUGACACGGGAUGGGGGCUUUGGCCCAUGGUCACCAUGGCAACCGUGUGAACACUUAGAUGGGGACAACUCAGGCUCUUGCCUGUGUCGAGCCCGAUCCUGUGACUCGCCUCGACCCCGCUGUGGGGGCCUUGACUGCGUGGGGCCAGCCAUCCACAUUGCCAACUGCUCCAGGAAUGGGGCGUGGACCCCGUGGUCAUCGUGGGCGCUGUGCAGCACGUCCUGUGGCAUCGGCUUCCAGGUCCGCCAGCGAAGUUGCAGCAACCCUGCUCCCCGCCACGGGGGCCGCAUCUGCGUGGGCAAGAGCCGGGAGGAGAGGUUCUGUAACGAGAACACACCUUGCCCGCUGCCCAUCUUCUGGGCUUCCUGGGGCUCCUGGAGCAAGUGCAGCAGCAACUGUGGAGGCGGCGUGCAGUCGCGGCGUCGGGCCUGCGAAAACGGCAACUCCUGCCUGGGCUGCGGUGUGGAAUUCAAGACCUGCAACCCGGAGGGCUGCCCCGAGGUGCGGCGCAACACGCCCUGGACGCCGUGGCUGCCUGUGAACGUGACGCAGGGCGGGGCGCGGCAGGAGCAGAGGUUCCGCUUCACGUGCCGCGCGUCCCUGGCCGACCCGCACGGCCUGCAGUUCGGCAGGAGAAGGACCGAGACGAGGACCUGCCCCGCGGACGGCUCCGGAGCCUGUGACACCGAUGCCCUGGUGGGGGAUCUCCUGCGCAGCGGGAGCAACUCUCCGCACACGGUUAGCGGGGGCUGGGCCGCCUGGGGACCGUGGUCGUCCUGCUCCCGGGACUGCGAGCUGGGCUUCCGCGUCCGCAAGAGAACGUGCACGAACCCGGAGCCCCGCAACGGGGGCCUGCCCUGCGUGGGCGAUGCUGCCGAAUACCAGGACUGCAACCCCCAGGCCUGCCCAGUUAGGGGUGCUUGGUCCUGCUGGACCUCAUGGUCCCCAUGCUCCGCUUCCUGUGGUGGGGGUCACUAUCAACGCACACGCUCUUGCACCAGCCCCGCACCCUCCCCAGGUGAGGACAUCUGUCUCGGGCUGCACACGGAGGAGGCACUGUGUGCCACACAGGCCUGUCCAGAAGGCUGGUCGCCCUGGUCUGAGUGGAGUGCGUGCACUGAGGACGGAGCCCAGAGCCGAAGCCGCCACUGUGAGGAGCUCCUCCCAGGGCCCAACACCUGUGCUGGAAACAGCAGCCAGAGCCGCCCCUGCCCUUUCAGUGAGAUUCCUGUCAUCCUGCCAGCCUCCAGCAUGGAGGAGGCCACCAGCUGCGCAGGGUUCAAUCUCAUCCACCUGGUGGCCACGGGCAUCUCCUGCUUUUUGGGCUCUGGGCUCCUGACCCUGGCAGUGUACUUGUCUUGCCAGCACUGCCAGCGUCAGUCCCAGGAGUCCACACUGGUCCAUCCUGCCACCCCCAACCACUUGCAGUACAAGGGCGGGGGCACCCCGAAGAAUGAAAAGUACACACCCAUGGAGUUCAAGACCCUGAAUAAGAAUAACUUGAUCCCUGAUGACAGAGCCAACUUCUACCCAUUGCAGCAGACCAAUGUGUACACGACUACCUACUACCCAAGUCCCCUGAACAAACACAGCUUCCGGCCCGAGGCCUCACCUGGACAACGGUGCUUCCCCAACAGCUGAUACCGCCGUCCUGGGGACUUAGGCUCCUUGCCUUCCUAAGGCACAGAGCAGGUGGAGAUGGGACAGUGGAGCCAGUUUGGUUUUCUCCCUCUGCACUAGGCCAAGAACUUGCUGCGUUGACUAUGGGGGUCCCAUCCAGCUUCAGAGAGCUCUGGCUGGCAUUGACCAUGGGGGAGAAGGCUGGCUUCAGGCUGGCACAUGGCUGCAGGUCCAGUUCUGCCCAGGUCUCUCAUGUCCACCUUGCAACCCACUGUCAUGCUGACCCUCCCCUGCUAUGUCCAGGUUGUGGACCUACUGGGCAUGUGAGGAAUUGGAGAAUGGAGAUGGCAACAGGGCAGGCUUUUAGGUUUGGGUUGGAAACAACUUCCUGUGGCCCCCACAAGCUGAGCCUGGCCUUCUCCAGCUGGCCCCCAAAAAGACCUGUGCUCCAUUCUGAUUAUCUCUGAAAGUAAUCAAUCAAGUGGCCCCAGUAGUUCUGGAUUUUCUACCAGGGUGAGGCCGUUGUGGUGCUGCCCCAGUGUGACAUAGGGGACCAAGGCCAGCACAGGUUGUCCACCUCUGCCUAGCCAUCUGUACUCUACCCAGGGCAUUCCUCUGGUCAGAGGCAGUGAGGACUGGGAACUGGAGAUUGAUCUGUGCUUAGAAGUCCUUUAAUCUGGGCUGGUACAGACAGGCCUCAGCCUUGCCCUCAAUGUAGGAAAGGUGGCCCGGGAGAAAAAAAGCUCAAUGCCAUAGGAGGCAGAAGUCUGGCCUCUGUGCCUGUAUGGAGACUAUCUUCCAGUUGCUGCUCAACAGAGUUGUUGGCUGAGACCUGCUAGGGGAGUCUCUGCUGGCCCUUCAUCUGUUCAGGAACACUCUCUCUCUCUCUCUCUCUCUCUCUCUCUCUCUCUCUCUCUCUCUCUCACACACACACACAAUUUGCUACAGCAACAAAAAAUGUUGGGCUAUGGCAUUAUUAAUUAAAGAUGAUAUCCAGUCUCCAAA